AUAGAAGAAGUGUCAUUUUUCCGUCUGCAUGUUACUUUUGACAUUUGCAUGCGUGUAAACAAUAGUUGAACAGUGUUAUCAAAAUACAAGAAUCGGAUAUGGGAAAAACAACAAAAGUGGUUGUUUGUGGGAUGAAAGGAGUAGGAAAAACAGCGUUGUUGGAGCAGCUUAUUUACGGAAGCAUCAGCGCCAAGACAGAAAUACAUCCUACUAUCGAGGACAUAUAUGUUGCGAACAUAGAAACGGAUCGAGGUACUAAAGAAAAAGUACGAUUUUACGACACAGCUGGACUGGAAUCGCUGCAAAACAAUGUAAAUAAUCAACAGCUACCACGACAUUAUCUCGGUUUCGCGGAUGGGUAUGUUCUCGUUUAUGACACGGCCAAACCAGAGUCUUUGGAUGUGCUGUUUCCUUUGAAGAAAGACAUUGACCGGAACAAGGAUAAGAAAGAGAUAACGGUUCUCGUUGUCGGCAAUCGGACCAAGGAGGAAGAGACUCACAGUCUGGAGAACACUGCUAGCAAAGCAGCCAACUGGUGCACCAGAGAAAAGCUGAAACACUAUGAAGUGAAUGUCAUGGACAGGACUAGCUUGUUAGAAGCGUUCGUUCAUUUAUCCUCCAGACUGAAUCCUCCCACAAAUAAGAGUACUUUCCCACAGCUGAGUAUGGGUAGAAAGAACAUCAAAGUCGAUGCACCAUAAUCGUAUUUAUUUAUCCCAUGGCAAUUGAAGUCUAUUGGUCCCUUAUUUUCAGUACUUAAUACUUAACGGUAUGUCAAUGCAAGAGCGUGGUCGUUCGUAACGUUUAUCUCUCUCUUUUUCGCUCUCUUACCGGGAUCUCGUUCUGCCCUUUAUUUAUAUGCAUUUUCUGUUCCUUAUUUUGUACUUAAAAUAUUGUCCAUUGGACAUACACCGAGAUCAAUGAAGAGAAGCAAAUACUGUAUAGAUAAUAUACAAUCAGCGGUGACGCGGUGUUCACCAUUCUAUGGGUUUCGUUAAUUGUCGGAGACAAAUGCUUGUUCCAAACGCAUGGUCCCAUAGUUUGCUGCUGAUACCGAAACCUAAAGGAAUAAGCGUUAGCAUUCUAAGACGGUUAGAACGGCGAAUUAAAGGUAAACGAAUCAUUACCUAGCUCGUGAUGCGAAAAAUGAUGAUAAUUGUGAUUCCUUUUCAUGGUGUAGAGAUAAGUACCGCUUUUCGGCGCGCCGUGAUGUAAAUAAUAAUGAAUUAAGUCGUAACAAAGGUACCCUGCGAACGAAAUUAACUUGUAUGUAUUAGACACAAUAACUUAUAAUUAGUUGCAAAUAAGUCGGCGAGAAGUACCUGUUGUAGUACCGGCGGCAAUGAAAUAAACCACUGACGAAGGAAACGAUA